AUGUCACCCAGGCUAUCGCCCGCGUCGACGUCCACGCAGUCACCUCCGACUUCCGACGCAUCCCCGCCCCCUGACCAUGACGCCGACAUGAUCUCCGUCGAGGACUUCGACCGCAUAGUGAAGGACGCCAUAGCUGCCUUGGCGGUUUGGCAGAGAUCGGACUUCAAGGAACACUUGCGCAUAAUCACAGAACACGACCCGCAACUGGAGACCAUCCACACUUUGGACGCUGCCAAUAUCGUUCUUUCCAAGAAUCCCGAGCUGUGUGAGGCGCUGGGGAAGGCUCAGCAAAGUGGGAAGUACGCGGAGGUCAGAAAAACUCUUUUGAGUCUUCAACCUCGUAUCUCAUUUAAGGAGCUCGAUGAGACCAACGCAAGUAAGACGGCGACGGCCUUGUCUUGGGAUCACCCCUUCCAGGGAUCUGCGCACAAAGCGCUGUGGCGACACAUCUCGAAGUACGCGACAAUGAACAAGAGCUACUAUUCGCCAUGUUGCUCCAUCGUGCAAUCGUCCGGGACGGGCAAGUCCAGGUGUAUCGACGAACUCAGCAAGGAACAGCUAGUAGUUCCCAUGAAUCUCAGACAUCCAGAGGCUGGCGGCUUUCCUGCGCCGGAUGAGCAACUAUACGACUACUUCACCACAGAGCACCUGACUGCUAAUGACUCCGUCAUCCACAUCAACGCUUUCCUCUGCGCCCUCUUUACGGAACUUCAAGCUGAGAUCGAGAGCGAAUAUCAGAGUGACCGGGACUCUGGCGGACUCGCCCUCUGGCUUCAUGAGCUGAUGACCGAAGGCCAAACUUUCUCUUCGCAAGGUCCUCGACGGGUGGCGUUCUAUAAUAAGGUCGUGGAACAAGCGGAGCACCUUAAGAAGCACUGGCCUAGUGCAAAUUCUCCGCGUUUGUCGCAACCUCCAAAGAGUCCGUCAAGAGUGAAUACUGGACCUCCAGCGAACGAAAACCAUGCGUCUAAGAAGGCAACUGAGGCCGCGUUGAAUCUCUUCGAGGCCUGCAAAAAAGCCGAGCCUGCCACGAAGCGAUCCGAACGCCCGUCAAUCGUUCUUGCCUUCGAUGAAGCAAAUACUCUAACCCGGACCAGAGCCGACACGGACGAAACGACGAGUGCCUCAUCACCUUUCGCGUUCCUUCGACGUGCCCUGCGCGAGAUAGGCGCCGGCGUCUUCACGGUUUUCCUCUCGACUACGGGAAAGAUUACUCAAUUCAAUCCGCCACGAGAGUUGGAUCCCUCUAACCGUGUGUCUUCGGGCGCUCUUGCGACAGCCCCUCCUUUCACUGCCUUAGGGUGGGACCAGCUUGCACGGCAGAUCCAAGGACCAUCGGAGGGAGGCAUAGACUUCGAGAACAUAGGGUUUGAUUAUCAAGUCUAUCUCGGACGCCCUAUGUUCGGCACACGCUAUCAUGCGGCCAUUAAAGACAAAGCCUGGAGCGAGGACCCUCAGGAAGCGUUGUUGCGAUUCGCAGCUGAGAAGCUACUCUGCGCUUCCUAUCCCCUAGCAUCUAUAAACGGCCCCUCCCCCGACCAAGAAGUGGCGUGCUUGGCGCAGCGACUGCCGAUCGAAUUCAUGUCUACAACGCACGCAGCGCCAACCCAGCGCAAGCAAGUCGAGAACCAUAUGCGUGUUUGUAUCGCCGUCGGUGAACUACGCCUGGUGACCAUGAGCUCGUCUGAGCCAAUCUUGUCAGAUGCGGCUGCCACAGUCAUGUCUGACUAUGAAGGCAAGAAGUUCGUGCCGCGAGCCUUGUCACGCUUGCUAUCCGGGUGUUCCAUUCAUACUGGCGACCGUGGCGAAUGGGCUGGGGUGCUCUUGGCGAUUCUCGCUCGAGACGAAGUCGUCCAACAAGAUCGGCCUUAUGCUCCGCAAUACCCUGGCUUUUUUACUGUAUUAUCCUUUCUUGAGAAACUCUUCGUGGUCCGCAACCCAUCUACCUCGGAAUCGCGCGGCAACAACACCAAGGUCAUCUUGGAUGACAUCCUUGCAGCGAAACCGUCUGUUUAUCGCGACGAUUCCGCCAAGGAUACGUCGCUCGCGACAGCCUUCGAUGGAGUUUACCUGCACUUUAACCACUUCAUCAAGCGAGGCACCCACAAUCUCACCCGAGACCAGCUCAUCCGUUUCUUUGUCCGCAACGCCGCCUUCAUGACUGCCAACUCCCAGGCUGGCAUCGACUUCGGCCUCGUGACAUGCAAAGGCUCUCAGAUCCUACCAACAUCGACGUCGUUGUUCAUGGUACAGGUCAAGAACGAUAGCAAGUUCUCAUCCAAGAUUGACCAGUCGCUCUUCAACUCCAUGGAUCCUGUCGGUUUCGGAAUCUCUACAGACGACCUUCACGUCCCUCUUAUCCGCGUUGUCAUGGCGCUUGCGGGCAAAAAGCCUGCCGUGACCUACGUCAAGACGCAGAAGAAGGGGAGCUUCACAUCGUACGAUAUCUGGGUUUCCGGUUUAUCCAAAGCCGUAUACCCUCUCGUCACGGAGGACAACUCCGCCGUCUGGCAGGAUAUUGUUCAGGCGUCAAAUAGCUUUCAACAGGGCAUGAAGGACAGUGACGAGCACGUCAAGGAGCUGAAGAUGUCCAUGAUGCCGAUGUCAGGGGACCCGCCUGUCUUUUGGAGCUGGUUUAAACGGGGGACCAGCCAGGAUGCGGACGAGGAUGUGGACACCGACCUCAGCACUCCGACAAAUCGGUCCAGCGCUCUCCCCGAAAUGCAUGCGGGGCCGUCCACUGAGGCCCGGCGUACCUCGAAGCGACGCAAUGAGUCCGAAGACCGCACGCGCAGGAACCGACCUCGCUACGGGGACGCCGCAUAG